AUGCAUGAACAGCGUAAGCAGCUUUGGGUGCCCCUGAAGCCACGUGGGACGGGAGGUACAAAAGGGGGGGGGCGGGGGGCGGGGCCUGAGUCCCAAAGCUCCCGCCCCGCCUGCGGAGACCGCUCAGUGGCUGGGGGGAAGCAACGGAGCGAGAGCACGCAGCCAGUGGAAUUUGAAAGUCCGGGCGGGCUGCGGGCGGGAGAGAAAACCCGGCCCAGAUUCACCUUGAAAGAUCGGGUCAGCUUGUGCGGCGAGCCCAGAGGGGGUAAAUCCGGUCCUCGGCGAAAUCCAGGCCUGGGCUUUCAACAGCUUCUGAGCGCGGACGGGCCGGCGGAGCGUGAGCCGCCUAGGAGGGAGGCGUGGACUUGUCCUCGGCGACUCCAGCUCCGUCAACGCUUCGGUGUCGCGGACAUGGACCGGCGGCGGCGGAGGCGGAGGACGAGCAGAGGCGCGAGUCCCAAGAAAGAGUCAAAGAAGAAAACAGGGAGACAAAGUCAGAGCAAACAGCUAAAUAAAAAACCGUGGCAUCUUUCUGGUAAAUUACCUUUCCCUGAAGAUUUGGAUCUCUCAAUUAUUGGGAAGGUGAAAGAAACUGAGCAAGAUGAAGAAUUUGGUGAUUCCUUUGCUGCCCCUUUACAUAGUACUGCCUUGUAUUCAGAAGCAGAGGAAACCUGCAGACCUGCUGAGUCCCUGAUUCCUUCAUUUGUUUCCCCUUCACCCGGAAAAAAGGCUAGAAUGAGCGUGGAAGUGAGUGAAAGUCAACCUGAGGAAGAGGAGGGUUCUAUAAUAGGGAGAACAAAAAAGGCAUCAAGGAAAUCCAAGCCAAUAGCUGAUGAUUCUGAUUCAGAAAGCAUUUCAGUCAGAAUAACACGUGUGGUAAAGGGGAUGAGAAAGGAGAAAGUUAAAGCUUCCUCGACUGUAUCUUCUGCAAACCUUCCAGAGAAAUCUGCAGAAUCAGUGUUUUCUAAUGAACCCUUCCAUGUCGCUGAGAAAGUAUCACUUGUCACCAAGAGUGAAGCGAAGGCUCCUCGGAAGAGACGGACCUCUCGUGAAAAGAGGGAGAAACCUCGGAGUCAGCCAUUCAACUCAGUGAUUUCUCUGACUCUGUAUAUUUGGUUUCCAGAGAAGAAGAAAAGGUCUGCCAGAGAUACAGCAAAGUCGCGUAUUGUUUUAUCUGCAUUUGAGGAUGUUCUGUUAGAGUACAAGUAA